AUGCGCCGGGGCGUCGCGUCGUCGAUGGAGGUUUUUUCAUUCAGGGCAACGGCUCGGCACACGGCCAGCGUUCGCCAUUUCUCGUCUUCCAGAUCGUGGAGACAGUACCACAAAGACAGUAAUCAUGACAACAAUAACGGCAAAGGAGGAUUUGGGUCGCGCCUCCGAUUUGCCCUGCGGAAUACCAAGGUGGAGUGGUACCCGAUUCCGGUCGGACUCGGUAUUGGCUUCAUAGGGCUGCUGCAGUUCUAUAAGGCUCAACGAGCAGAAAAGGAGCGACAGGCUCGAGAUGCUGGUGGGGAGGGCUGGGAGCAUGGCCAGCGGCCACCACGCCGCCCUCGAAUUGUGCCCACGGGAUCCUGGCAGGUUCAGAUCAUGUCCACAUUACCCCUGAAGGCCAUGUCGCGGCUCUGGGGUCGGUUCAACGAGAUAGAGCUCCCGUACUAUUUCCGGGUGCCGGGCUUCAAGCUGUACUCGUGGGUUUUUGGAGUCAACCUCAGCGAGGUCGCGGAGCCUGAUCUGCACACCUACCCCAACCUGGCGGCCUUCUUCUACCGCAAAUUGAAGCCAGGCGUUCGGCCCUUGGACCCAGAUCCACGUGCGCUGUUGGCGCCGUCGGAUGGCCGCAUCCUGCAGUUUGGCAUGAUCGAGCGGGGCGAGGUCGAGCAGGUCAAGGGCAUGACCUACAGCCUAGAUGCCUUAUUAGGGUCGGCCACGCCUUCGCACGCCGAUCACACCAAACGACUCACGGAUCAGAUCACGGAGCCGGCCUCAAACGAUGCGGAAACCUUGACCUCGGACGAGGAGUUUGCCCGCGUCAACGGCAUCUCUUACACCCUCCCUACUUUAAUUUCUGGCGACCCGGGACAACCCGCGACGCGACGGGCCUCCCUGGAUGCCUCUACAACGUCCAAGCCUACCACCGAGCUCCAGGUCCAAGAAGAGCUGGCUCGCGGGGAGGGAACUCCGUGGUAUGCCCCCCAAAAAGCUCGCAACCACGGACUGUUCUACGUGGUGAUUUACCUGGCGCCCGGAGACUACCACCGCUUCCACUCGCCCGCCGCGUGGGUGGUCGAGAGCCGGCGGCACUUCGCCGGUGAACUGUACUCCGUGUCGCCAUAUCUGCAGCGCCACCUCCCUGGCUUGUUCACUCUUAAUGAGCGCGUCGCCCUCCUGGGCCGCUGGCGCUGGGGCUUCUUCAGUUACACGCCAGUCGGGGCCACGAAUGUCGGAUCCAUCAAGAUCAAUUUCGACUCGGAACUGCGUACCAACAGCCUGCUGACCGACAGUGCCGCAGACCUGGCAGCGGCCCUGGCCGCUAAGCGGGGGAGCAAUACCCUGGAGGAGAUGGGCGGGUUCCAAUUGGGCAGCACGAUCGUGAUGGUCUUUGAGGCUCCACUAGGCAUACGCAGAUCGGUUGAUGCCGGCUGGCCGGAGGAGCAUCGGCGCGACGGCUGGACUUGGACCAUUGAGAAAGGGCAGCGCAUCAAGGUGGGCGAGAAGCUAGGGUUUGUGGAGGAAGCGUGA